AUGAUUGAUACCGUCAUAUCGGCCGAAAUUCCAGAUCAAACCAUCGACCUAGGAUUAUUCGAAGUUGUCACGAUAAAUAUGAUUCACGGUCCCUGUGGUGAUAUUAAUCGAAAUUCACUUUGUAUGAUUGAUGGUAAAUGUUCGAAAAGUUUUCCAAAGCAAUUGAUUGCUGAAACAAUUACAGGAGAUGAUGGAUAUCCACAGUAUCGUCGACGAUCAACUGAAGACAACGGUAAAUCAACUGUAAUUAAAAUUAAAAAUCAAGAUGUUGAAAUCGAUAACCGGUGGAUAGUUCCGUACUCACCGAUGCUGUCAAAAAUGUUCAACGCUCACAUCAAUGUAUGUUGCAAUUCUGUAAAAUCAAUCAAAUAUAUUUGCAAGUAUGUGAAUAAGGGCAGCGAUAUGGCUGUUUUUGGAGUGGCUCCUGAGAAUAAUCAUGACGAAAUUUUGCAGUACCAAAUGGGGCGCUAUAUUAGUACGAAUGAAGCUGUAUGGCGUAAUUUAUCGUUUCCAAUUCAUGACAGACAUCCGGUUGUUGUACAUUUGGCAGUUCAUCUUGAAAACGGCCAACGUGUUUACUACACUGCUGCAAAUGCCGAACAAAGAGUAGUAGAGCCACCAGUAACUACACUGACAGCUUAUUUCCAGUUAUGUGAAACUGAUGAAUUUUCCAAGACUUUGCUAUAUUCGGAAGUGCCUCACUAUUUCACAUGGAAUGCACCAACAAAAAAAUUUCAACGUCGCAAACAAGGCACACCUGUUGAUGGUUAUCCAGGUAUUUUUCGAACAGAUGCUUUGGGACGCAUUUGUACAGUUAGUCCAGCUAAUGUUGAAUGUUUUUACUUGCGACUUUUGUUGGUGAACGUACAUGGACCUCAAUCAUUCAAACAUUUACGAACUGUUAAUGGUCAAUUGUGCGCAACAUACCGUGAAGCAUGUCAACACUUGCAUUUGCUGGAAGAUGAUACGCAUUGGGAUGCUACGCUUCGUGAUGCAUCAAUUGUUUCUCCACCAAUUCAAAUUCGUAUGUUAUUUGCGAUCAUAAUAUCAACAUGUUUUCCAUCAAAUCCACUGGAAUUGUGGAAUAAAUACAAAGAUUUCAUGGCUGAAGACAUUUUGAUUCGACUUCGACAUCGUUCCAAUGAUCCUGCAUUGCUGCUGACAUUGGAAAUGUAUAAUGAAGCCUUGAUAAUGAUCGAAGAUUUGUGCCUUACGAUUGCAAAUAAGGCAUUAGGGCAAUUAGGAUUGACUCCACCAAAUCGUCCAAUGCAUGAUUUAUUUGAACGAGAAUUGCAACGCGAACUGCAAUUCGAUCGUAAUGAAUUGCGUGCGUUCGUACAAACGUAUACUCCACAAUUAAAUGAUCAACAAAAAUAUGUAUAUGACACAGUGAUGCAAGCUGUCAAUGGCAACACUGGUGGAUUGUAUUUUUUGGAUGCACCUGGCGGCACUGGAAAAACAUUUUUGAUUUCAUUAAUACUGGCAACGAUUCGGUCGGAACAAAAAAUCGCAUUGGCACUUGCUUCUUCCGGAAUUGCAGCUACAUUACUUGAUGGCGACCGCACAGCACAUUCCGCCUUGAAAUUGCCAUUGAACAUGCAAGCAAUUGAAACACCAACAGGCAAUAUUUCAAAGAGUUCUGGAAUGGCUAAAGUCUUGCAACAAACAUCCAUUAUUUUAUGGGACGAAUGUCCAAUGGCCCAUAAAAAAUCUUUGGAAACCUUAAAUCGAACAUUACAAGAUUUGAGACGGAGUUUACAGCUGUUUGGCGGUGCAUUAAUAUUGUUAUCUGGUGAUUUUCGUCAAACGUUGCCUGUUAUUCCGAGAUCAACACCAGCUGAUGAAAUUAAUGCAUGUUUGAAAAGUUCAUUUUUGUGGGCACACUUACAAAUGCUUUUGUUGACGACCAAUAUGCGUGUGCGUCUUCAAAAUGAUUCUUCAGCACGUAAGUUUUCAAAGCAAUUGCUGAAGAUUGGCGAUGGAAAAAUGGCAAGUGAUCAAAAUGGGUUUAUCACGUUACCGAAUAAUUUUUCAAUAAUUGUAUCAUCAAAAGAAGAACUCAUUGAUCGCGUUUUUCCAAAUAUUGCUCAAAAUCAUAAUAACCAUGAUUGGUUACGAGAACGUGCAAUUUUAGCACCAAAAAAUGUCAAUGUCAAUGAAAUCAAUUUCCACAUCCAGGAAAAAUUGCCAGGUAAUUCGGAAACGUAUAAAUCCAUUGAUACUGCUAUGAAUGAUGAAGACGCAGUCAAUUAUCCGGUUGAAUUUUUAAAUUCUUUGGAACCACCAGGCAUGCCACCGCAUAAUUUUAAUUUGAAAGUUGGUUCAUUGAUUAUACUUCUUCGAAAUCUUAAUGCACCGAAACUUUGUAAUGGGAUGAGACUUUCAGUGAAGAAAUUGAUGCCAAAUUUAAUUCAAGCAACAAUUCUCACUGGCAAAGCAAAAGGUGAAAUUGUACUAAUACCGCGCAUCCCAUUAAUACCAACGGACAUGCCAUUCGAAUUUAAACGUCUUCAAUUUCCUGUUCGGCUAUCUUUUGCAAUGACCGUCAACAAAGCCCAAGGGCAAACGCUCAAGAUCUAA